GAGAGCGAGUGUGUGUCGAUGAUAAGCUCUCCUACCCUGUGAGUUUAACAGCUGUGGUCAAAUACAAACCAGAAAUACAAAAGACUGAUUAAAGAUCGAAAGGAAACAGGAAUUGAAUCGUGUAAAGGGAGAACCUGAUCACUUGUAGACGCACUGGUAUGACCUGUUCUAGGGUGUGGAGGCUCUACAUUGCCAAGCGGACUCGACCUCUUCCUGUUCAAUGUGUUUAAAAGUGUUUGCAGGAGCACUGCUAAUCGGAGGAAAGGGAGUCUGCGGAGUUCUUCGACAUGCUUGAAAGAAUGCAGGAUGACUACAUCCCUUACCCCCGGAUAGAGGCUGUCCUGGAGAAGGGUGGCCCCUACCCUCAGGUCAUUUUACCUCAGUUUGGCGGUUACUGGAUUGAGGACCCCGAGGCCCCGGUCGGGACGCCCACCUCUUCAGACAGCAGCUUCUGUGAGGAGGAAGAUGAUGGUCUGAGUCCUGGUGGCGCAGGCUUCGGUUACAGGCUAGAGUGUAACAGCACUUCAAGGGCUUACCGCAAACACUUCCUGGGCAAGGAACACAUGAACUAUUAUUGUACAGCCAGUAGUAUGGGACACCUGAUCAUGUCUUUGAAGUAUGAGGAGACAGAUGGACAGGAGGCACUGCGCAUCAUGCUCAGGUCAAAAACAAAGACCCUUCAUGAGCGGAUUCCACUUGAAGGUCUCGUCCAGCUACCGAGCGUCCCACAAAUAGCCAAGCUGCUCUGCGAUGAUGUCACAGGUCUGAAGUUCAACCCCGUCCUCUACCCCAGGGCCUCGCAGAUGAUGGUCGCUUUCGAUGAGCACGAAGUGAACAACACGUUUAAGUUCGGAGUGAUCUAUCAGAAGUUUGGUCAGACAUCAGAGGAGGAGCUAUUCAGGAACAAUGAAGAGACGCCAGCGUUUGCCGAAUUCCUCAGUGUUUUGGGAGACAAUAUUGAGUUGCAGGAUUUUAAAGGGUUCAGAGGUGGUCUGGAUGUGUCUCAUGGGCAGACAGGAUCUGAGUCCAUUUAUACGAUGUUUCGUCAGAGAGAAAUAAUGUUCCAUGUUUCCACCAAACUACCUUUUACAGAAGGAGACAUUCAGCAGCUUCAGAGGAAGAGACACAUUGGCAAUGACAUCGUCGCGGCCAUCUUCCAGGAGGAUUCUACUCCAUUCGUACCCGACAUGAUCGCCUCUAACUUCCUUCAUGCCUAUGUGUUAGUGCAGGCAGAGAACCCCUGCACAGAUCAUACUACAUAUAAGGUGUCCAUCACAGCAAGAGAAGAUGUGCCUCAGUUUGGCCCGCCUCUUCCGAACCCCCCAGUCUUUAAGAAGGGUCCUGAGCUCCGGGAAUUUCUGCUGACCAAAUUGAUUAACGCAGAAAACGCGUGCUGCAAGUCAGACAAGUUUGCCAAGCUGGAGGAGAGGACACGGGCAGCGCUCUUAGAUAACUUACAUGAUGAACUUCACAGACAGACACUGGCCACAGUGGGACUGGGCUCAACAUCGGAUGAAGAAAAACUAGAGAACGGUGGUCACGGCGGUCUUUUGGAGUCCUUUAAGAGGGCCAUGCGUGUUAGGAGUCACUCUAUGGAGACUAUGGUGUCUCAUAAACACAAGGCUCCAGGGGCGACGGCAGGCGUCCCGUCCAGCGUCAGUGGUGGUGGACUGCCACAGAACAGCCUGGAGUGCACAAAGAGCACCUUUACUCCACCGGUGCUGUCUGCUAAGUCUCCAUUAAAGAGUCCCGUAAAGCGACGCUCCGGUCUGUUCCCCAGACUGCACUCCAGCACAGAAAGUCCGACUGAGAAACUCCCAACUCGCAGUGACCAAAAAGCAGAAGCGUUCCCUUUCUCACAAGAAGUGAAGUCAGAGACGUCAUCCAAUCCCAGUUCACCAGAGAUCUGCCCAAACAAAGACAGGCCUUUCCAGAAACUCAAGGAAUGCGGGGGCAGAGCUAACAUCUCCAGGUCAUCAUCCAGCACCAGCAGCUUCAGCAGCACAGCCGGAGAAGGAGACGGUCUGGAGGAGCUGGACAAUAGCAGCCACCCAUCCACAGCCUCAUCUGUGUACAGUCCAUGUUUAAGUGUGGAAAGCCAAAACUCUGGAACCCCACUGAUCAUGUGCCGCAGCCCCACAGAUGUAAAGUGUAAAACUUCACCACGGUCCAACUUGAAAUUCCGCUUCGACAAAUUAAGCCAUUCCACAGGUCAUUAGGUCAGACAAAAGCAACUACAAGGAAAAGUGACUUAAAUCAAUGGAGUUAUUGAUUUGAAGAAAACUGGACAAUUCUAAUGAACACUAUGUUGAGAACUGAUUUCAGACCAUCAUGCUAUUGUACAAACUCACACAGAAUUUAAUGUAGGGGACAGAGUCUUACUAAAAAGCAAGAAAUGCCUCUGCUUCAACAACGUAAAUGUAGUACUUAGUGCUCAAACAAUUGUUCAAAACGUUCCUUGCCUAGCUGCGAUUGCUUUCUAGACGCUAAAUAUGAAAACAGCCACUUGAAAUACUUGAACAGCACACAGUCAUUACAUGUUACAAGACAAAACUGCAUUAUAAGCACCCAAAACUCUACAGCCAGCCGUGAGUCUAUUGCAGAUACAGGAUUACGGGUCAUUUGAGUGUUGUGAGUCGUGAGACAUCGCCCUUCAGUGUAAAGCCUUAAAUAUACUACAGAGAAUCAUGCUCUGUUAACACAGAUCAGUUUAUUUUAUUUUUGAGUGCUGUGAGAUUAUGUAAAAUUCACAUUUCAUGUGCCAUUUUUUUCUUGGGGUUACCAAAGAGAAAGAUCACAAGGGUAGUAAAAAGCUGUUGAUUAUGCCAUAACAAAUUCUUUACAAAUGCAAAAAAUAUAUGAAUUGGUUUGAUGACAUUGAGCAGACACAAAAAGCACAAAAAGUUCAUAUUUUUAGACUUGUGAAGAUGCCAAAAAUGAAUUUCCACCUCUGUUGAAGCAUUCAGCCACGACUGAAAGAAUGACACGUCUAUACACAUUUUGAAGGGACUUUGAAAAUGAAGUUAUUUGUUUGCUUACGUGUGUCUCUCUUCUUUCUUCAUGAAUCAGUUUCUGGUUAACAGUGGUACUCGUCGGUGAGUCAGAACAGAGCCACUUCUUGUACACUAGUGAAAACUUUGUUUGAUAUAAAAGGUGUUGGCAUUUAUGUCUGUACUGACAUAAUUUAUUGCUCUCUUUGUCGCUGUUACGUAAUAUUAAUGAAGAGUAUCCAGAAGUUAAAAUAAAGAAGAUCAUUUAAAAAUAUUAUUUAAAAGAUUAUGUAUAUGUAUAUUUGGUUAUGGCAUGUGCCAUUAAGAAUUUAUUAUAAAAUAAAAUGUAUUUUGUGUCAAAAAGUGGUCGCUUUUGUUUUGAUAAAUGUUUGUGUACUUUACUUUCUACAUCAACUAUGUACAAAUACAGUUACACAAUUUAUACACACUAUAGACACAUUUUACAGAACAUUACUGCUCAGAGAAAGUUCAGAAAGAGUUUCUCGGUGUGUAUCCAAGACUGUAGCU